UUUUGUUUUCGGUCUCUUUUCCGUCUUACAAAAAUGAAGAUGCUCCGCUGUUGUGCGGUCGUGAUUGUGGCCGCCAUCGCGGUUUCAAUGGUUGCCGCUGCGCCUGCGCCGGCCGCGCGGGGUCCCGUCGACCCAUUCCAUGUGCACUUUGCAUACGGCUACGACACUGCCCGCGCAAUGCAGCUGUCGUGGCAGACGCAGCAGGACACUGUCGCGUCGCUCGCGCUGUUUGGCCUGCAGCCCGGGUCGCGGUACUACAGCGCCAUUGGCAGCUCGUUCACCUACAAUGCGACUGCCGCUGGCUACUUCCACGCAGUGUCGCUGUACGGCCUGACGCCAGACACGACCUACUACGUCGUUGUCGGCGACAACAACACCAACACUUACUCGGCCGAGUUCAGCUUCCACACGCUCCCCGCCGCGCUCUCCGCGUCCAAGCCGGACAUUAAGAUUGCCAUCUACGGCGACCUCGGCGUGGACAAUGCCGAAUACGUCGUGCCAGACCUGAUCAACCUCGCGCAGCAGGACAAGGUUGACUUCUUCAUGCAUGUCGGAGAUUUGUCGUACGCAGACAACUAUGCCGACGCGCAGUACGAGCCAAUCUGGGAGCAGUUCAUGACCCAGAUGGACCCCAUCUACCUCGUCAAGCCGUACAUGGUCAACCCGGGCAACCACGAGUCCGACGGUGGCUGGGACAACGUCCAGCAUCCGUUCAGCCCGUACAAUGCGCGCUUCCAGAUGCCGUAUGCCGACUCCAAGUCGACCUCCAACAUGUGGUACUCGUACAACGUCGCCGGCCUGCUGCACGUGGUUGCAAUGGACACUGAGACCGACUUCCCGCUCGCUCCGGAGGGCUCGUCUCUGUUUGGCGGCGCCCAGUUUGCGUGGCUCGACGCCGAUCUCGCUGCGGCCAAGGCUGCCGGCUACAAGUUUAUCAUUGUCACCGGCCACCGCCCCAUCUACUCGUCCCAGAGCGGCAUGUCGGCGAACAAUGUCCCGAUUUCGGACUGCCUCAACCUCCAGGCGCUGCUCGAGCCCCUUCUGCGCAAGUACGGCGUUGACAUGAUGAUUGUCGGUCACGUUCACUCGGCCGAGGUCACCUACCCCGUGUUCAACAACACUGUCGUGUCCACCAGCUACGUCAACCCCGGCGCCACUGUCCAUGUCGUCACUGGCAGCGCCGGCUGCCCCGAAGGCAUUGAGUCUGUCUGGAUUCCUGCCACCUGGUCUGCCGAUCGCUACCCCGACCCUGCCACCGCAGCCGACCCCGGCUUUGGCUAUUCCCUGCUCACGGUCAAUGCCACCACGCUCCACUACGAGUUCUUCCGUUCGGACACGUCGCUUGAGCACGAGCUGUACCUUGUCAAGACGCAGUAACAGCAUGUUUUGUUUUUUCGGUGGUUUGCUUUUUUUUGUUUGUUUGCUUUCGUUUUUGUUUUUUGCCAUUGUUUGAUUUCGUGCCUUGUGCUUCCUCCCCCCUCCACUGUCUGACUGUCUGUGGCGGGGUGCAAAUGUUCUCGUGUGCCAAGCAAGCAAAGUACAACUUUUUUUACAUCCACGCAGUUUAUCGUCUC